CUUAGACAGGAAAAAAAGGGAGAAAAAUCUAAUGUACACUGCAAUAAUAAUAUUUAUUGAAAAACGGUUAAUGUACGAACUACGAACAAAGUAAUAACAUCAGAAGAGUCAGAGUGGGCCUGGGCUAGUUUCCGAUUACAGCAGAAUGGCGUCCAAAGGUGAAGCCGACAAUGUGCAAGAGCAGAGUUCGCCAGUGGAAGGAGUAGCAGUGACAGAGGCAGGGGCUCAGAGUACUACUGUAGAUGAUCCAGAGCUCGAUGCUAUCCUUGACAGUGCCCUAGCUGAUUUUGAAAAGCCAAAAGAGAAUUUAGCGAAGAAAGCAGCCACAGUGAAAGCGGAAGCUGACAGUUCGACUGAUACAGGGGAAGCUCCGAAACAAAGUGGGAAGGCCUCUUCGCAGGAUGGAGCGGCACUCAAUCCUGAAGAUGGACUGCCGGAGGAUUUGAACUACGACUUCAUGGCCGACGCAAUGAACAAGCAGUUUGAGGACACGUUUGCGGCUCUAAUGAACGACCCGAACUUGAAGAAACAGUUUGAGGAUUUGGCAGGCUCAGCAGAGCAAGCUGCCUCUGACAACAACCCUACCGCUUUCGCUGACACUGUCGAACGUGCUCUGAACAGCCUCAACCUGAAUGCAGAGAACAUACAGGGAGAUCCCAACCAACAGGAACUGUGGGAACAGCUGUCGGAGACACUGGGGGCUGAGGCUGGGGGGGCGGGGCUUGGUGGAGCGGGGGCGGGGCUGGACGCCAUGGGCGGAAUGUUCCAGAACAUGGUCAAACAGCUGCUGUCUAAGGAGCUGCUCUACGAUCCUCUGAAAGAGGUGGCGGAAAAGUACAAAGAGUACCUUGAGAAGGAGAGCCACAAGUUACCGGGGGAGGAUCUGGAGCGUUACCGCAAGCAGCUGGAGAUUGUGGAGACGGUGGUGCAGCAUCUGGAUGGAGACUCGGACAGUCACAGUCUGGAAGAGAAAAACGCCCGUUUUGAAAUUCUCCUCGACCUCUUACAGAGGAUGCAUGAGCUAGGCCAACCGCCGCAGGAAGUGGUUGGGGAAGGAAAUGUCAUGAUGCCAGACUUUGCAAAUCUUGCCGGCCAGAUACCUGGUAUGGGCGAUCUUGGGAGCGGACAGGACCCUUCACAGUGUAGCCUCAUGUGACCUACAGAGUGGUUGUGAGUGUGUACGGUUGUGUGUAGGGUGGUGAGUGUGUGAAGUUGUCUGUGAGUGCAUUUAUGUACAUGAUUUUGUAAAAGUGAACGUGUGUGUUUGUGUGUGUGCGUGGAUCAGGAUGUAUAUGAUUUUGUGAAAGUGAACGUGUCUGUGUGUCUGUGAGUGCGUGUAUGUAUAUGAUUUUGUGAAAGUGAACGUGUGUCUGUGUGUGUGCGUGUAUGUAUAUGAUAUGAUUUUGUGAAAGUGUGUGUG